AUGGAUUUUGCAAUGUUGGGUGCUCAAACAUACGUUUCACAAAGAAUGAAAAAGUACUCACAAGACGUUUUCCAAACAUCUCUAUUAGGAGAAAAAAUGGUGGUGUUUUGCGGGGCCCACGGCCAUAAAUUCCUCUUCACAAACGAGACCAAGCUCCUCACUUCAUGGUGGCCGGAAUCCAUGAAAAAGGCGUUACUCUUCCCGGAGUUUGUUAAUUAUCCGGUGAAGGAGGUGACAUCACUCCAACGUAACUUUAUCCGUGAUAUCUUAAAGCCCGAAGCUUUAAAACGGUACAUAUCUGAAAUGGACUGUAUGGCACGCAGUCACCUGGAAAAUGAUUGGGUGCCAUACAGGGAAGUUAGUAUCUUUCCUUUGUCUAAAAAGUAUACAUUCGCGUUAGCGUGUAAGCUUUUCAUGAGCAUAGAGGAUGAAAAGCACGUUCAAAAGUUGGCGGACCAUUUUACCCUUAUCACAAAUGGGAUGUUUUCGAUGCCUAUAAAUUUCCCGGGGACUGCGUAUAACGGUGCGAUUAAAGGCGGGAAGUUGGUACGCGAUGAGCUUAUGAAUAUUAUUGCGGAAAGAAAGAAGAAAAUAACGAAAAAUGAAGAUAUAAAUUUGAGGGGAGAUUUGUUAUCUCAAAUGUUAGUUAUGAAGGAUGAAAAUGGCGAGUUUAUGACCGAUAUGGAGAUUUCAAAUAGUAUUAUUGGUUUGUUAGUUGCGAGCUAUGAGACCACGAGUAGUAUGGUCACUUUCGUCUUGAAGUAUCUUGCAGAAAUUCCCGAAGUCUAUGAGAAAGUUUUAAAAGAACAAAUGUCGAUUGUGGAAUCGAAAGCUCCGGGUGAGUUGUUAAGUUGGGAAGAUAUAGAAAAGAUGAAGUAUUCAUGGAAUAUGGCGCGAGAAGCACUUAGGCUUAUACCACCUGCUCAAGGCUCUUUUAGAGAGGUUGUAACUGAUUUUACCUAUGCGGGUUACACUAUUCCAAAGGGAUGGAAGACAUUUUGGAUGGUGCAUACAACACACAAAAAUCCAAAGUAUUUCCCGGAUCCGGAAAGAUUUGACCCGUCAAGAUUUGAAGGAAGUGGGCCCGCUCCGUAUACGUUUGUGCCUUUUGGAGGGGGCCCACGGAUGUGCCCGGGUAAAGAGUAUGCCCGAUUAGAAGUACUUGUGUUUAUGCAUAAUGUUGUAACAAGAUUUAGGUUAGAAAAACUCAUGCCAAAUGAAAAGAUAAUCUUCCAUUCAUCUCCUACCCCAAGUAAUGGUCUACCAAUUCGCCUAAUUCCUCAUAAUGAAAGUGCUCGAUUAUCAAAUACGCUUUCUAUGUAA